UAUAUAAACACACACAUUCUCUCUCAAUCAUCAAAACUUUCUUUCCUUUUUCUCUCUGAUUUUUCGAUCUUAAAAAUUUCUCUGAUUGCUAUGGAUAUUGAUCUCACUCCCCAAUUGUCGAAGAAAGUGUACGGUGACAAUGGUGGAUCGUAUUACAGUUGGUCACCGUCUGAACUUCCUAUGCUCCGUGAAGGUAACAUUGGUGCUGCCAAGUUAGCUCUUGAGAAGAACGGUUUUGCCACUCCUCGCUACUCUGAUUCUUCCAAAGUUGCGUAUGUUCUUCAAGGAAGUGGAGUUGCUGGAAUUGUGCAACCUGAAUCAGAAGAGAAGGUUCUUGCAAUUAAGACUGGUGAUGCUUUGGCACUCCCUUUUGGUGUUGUGACAUGGUGGUUCAACAAAGAGGACACUGAGUUGGUUAUUCUGUUUCUUGGGGAUACUUCAAAAGCACACAAAGCUGGUGAGUUUACUGAUUUUUUCCUAACUGGUCCUAACGGAAUCUUUACUGGAUUUUCGACCGAGUUUGUGGGAAGAGCUUGGGACUUGGACGAGACCAAUGUGAAGACACUUGUUGGGAAACAAACUGGUAAGGGGAUUGUGAAGCUUGAUGGAAGCAUCAGCCUUCCUGAGCCUAAAGAUGGAGACAGGAAAGGCAUGGUCUUGAAUUGUUUAGAGGCCCCAUUGGAUGUCGAUAUUAAGAAUGGUGGAAGGGUUGUUGUUUUGAACACCAAGAACCUUCCUUUGGUUGGUGAGGUUGGUUUGGGAGCUGACCUUGUGAGGCUUGACGGAAAUGCCAUGUGCUCUCCUGGAUUCUCUUGCGAUUCUGCUUUCCAGGUUACUUAUGUUGUCAGGGGAAGCGGACGCGUUCAAGUUGUUGGUGUCGAUGGCAAGAGGGUUUUGGAGACUACUUUGAAGGCUGGAAAUUUGUUCAUUGUCCCAAGGUUUUUCGUCGUCUCCAAGAUUUGUGACCCCGAGGGAAUGGAAUGGUUUUCUAUCAUCACUACUCCUAAUCCUAUCUUUACACACAUGGCUGGAAGUUCUUCGGUAUGGAAGGCAUUAUCAUCUACAGUUCUGCAGGCUGCUUUCAAUGUAGAUGCUGAAACUGAGAAACUCUUCCGUUCUAAGAGGACUGGCGAUGCCAUUUUCUUCCCUCCCCCAAAUUAAACUAGAAUGGAUAUAAGUGUCUAUAACAUAAGUCAUUAUUGACAAUAAUACCUUCUAUGAGUUUACAAUGUAUCAGCUGUUUGAAUUUGUUUCAUGUUUCGUAUGAGUACUUUACAAUGUUUCUGCGCUCUACUGUGAGUUUAUAUAAGAGUUGAUUGCCUCAAUUGUUUUUGGGGCUGAAUUCCA